GGAGGAGAAGGAUGAGCUACACUUGGAUGAAGGACUCCAGAAGAAUGAGGAGAGACUUUUCAGAGUUAGCUUCAGAGAGGCUACUUUCCAUGACUCUGGUCAUUUGAUCAGCUGUAAAUAUAUAUAUAAAAAACAACAAGCAGCUGCAGCGAUGGACAGAUGGAGCCCUGAGGAUAACUGGACACUCACACACUGACAUGAUUAUGAUUUCUCUCCGUCCCUCCGGCUGUUGAAGCUGCUCUGAGGAGAGCUAACAGAGUUUUAAGCUGUUUAAGUCUUCAGGAUGAGCGACCGCCAGGUCUGAAAUCCAAAAGAAGUUAAGAGGAAAGUUCAGGGACACUGAUGGAAACUGCUGGAGCCACAAUGGAAAUACACACCUGCCUGUGCUUGGUUUUCAUUACUGCAACUCCAAGAGUGUACUCCCAAGUUGGACCUCGUGCCCAUGCUGAAGAGAGGCUUCUUCAGAAUCUGUUUGCGCAUUACAAUAAGCUCUCUCGGCCUGUGCAAAACACUUCAGACACGGUGCUGGUCCACUUCGGCUUGUCUAUUGCUCAGCUAAUUGAUGUGGAUGAGAAGAACCAGAUGAUGACGACAAACGUGUGGGUUAAGCAAGAAUGGAACGACUACAAACUCCGUUGGAACCCGGAGGAAUACGAAAACGUCACGUCAAUACGCAUCCCAUCAGAGAUCAUCUGGAGACCUGAUAUCGUCCUCUACAACAAUGCAGACGGCGACUUUGCCGUGACUCACCUCACCAAAGCCCACCUGUUCUAUGAUGGUCAAAUAAAAUGGGCGCCUCCAGCCAUUUACAAGUCAUCGUGCAGCAUAGACGUCACAUUUUUUCCCUUCGACCAGCAGAGCUGCAAGAUGAAGUUUGGCUCCUGGACCUACGACCGAGCCAAGAUCGACCUGAUCAACAUGGCCAGCGAUGUGGACCAGAUGGACUACUGGGAGAGCGGCGAGUGGGUCAUCGUCAAUGCAGUGGGCAAGUACAACACGAAAAAGUACGAGUGUUGUACGGAGAUCUAUGCGGAUAUCACUUACUACUUUAUCAUUCGGAGGCUUCCCUUGUUCUACACCAUCAACUUGAUCAUCCCCUGUCUGCUCAUCUCCUGUUUGACUGUUCUGGUCUUUUAUUUGCCAUCCCAGUGCGGAGAGAAGAUCACCUUAUGUAUUUCGGUUCUACUGUCCCUAACCGUGUUUCUCUUGCUAAUCACAGAGAUUAUCCCGUCCACGUCACUGGUGAUCCCCCUGAUUGGUGAAUACCUGCUGUUCACCAUGGUCUUUGUCACACUCUCCAUCAUAAUCACGGUCUUUGUGUUGAAUGUGCAUCACCGGUCGCCCAAAACUCAUGGUAUGCCUCAUUGGGUGCGCAGAGUUUUCUUGGACUUGGUUCCUCGAGUCCUCUUUAUGAAACGUCCGCCGGGAACAGCGAAACAGCACUGCAAGAAGCUCAUCGAGAUGAUGCACCGCCCGACCAUGAUUUCCACAACAAACAACUCACAGGCUUUUUGGAUUGGUCUGGACAUGGAGCUGAGACAGAUGACGCAGACAGACAACACACUCCCAAAAACUUCCACUGACAGUCCGAGAAUCCUUGUUUGCUCACCUUCUCCACCUUCUUCCUCCCGAGAAGACCACUGUAACGACCAUCCGCUCAGCACCAACAUCUUCCACAGAUCAGCCUCCGCCAAAUAUUCGGUCCUCACAGAGAAGCAUUCCCUACGCAGACACAACUCUGCGACCAUGUGCGCCUCUCAGUUGUCUUUGCCUCCGACUUUGGCUCUGGACUCACUUCACAACUUGUCCAGUGAGCAGCCAAGUUCUCUGUCCCUCAAUGGCCGUUCCCAAAGCGCGGAGCAAAUGUGCAACCAGCAUGAUCAGGCUCCACCAACAUCUGAACAUCUCUGCCGCUCACAGAGCUUCCAGUACUGCUGUCUGCAUGACAAUGGCUUACUGGGGUUUCCAAGGCAGCUGAAAGAAAUGGUCUCUAAGGAGCACUUGGCCAAAUCCCCAACAAGAGUGCCAACCAAAGAAGCAAGCACCCAACAAGAUACUCCUAUUCCAGCAAUUUCUCCAGCUAUGCAACGAGCCAUAGAGGGAGUUCAAUACAUCGCAGACCAUCUCAAAGCAGAGGAUGCAGACUUUUCAGUGAAGGAGGACUGGAAGUACGUGGCGAUGGUCAUUGACAGGAUAUUCCUCUGGAUGUUUGUACUGGUGUGUAUUCUGGGAUCUGUGGGACUCUUCCUCCCUCCCUGGCUGGCUGGGAUGAUCUAGCAGCUUUGAGGAACAUGAGAGCUGAUAGGACGACGGGCUUGUCACAUGUUGUAAGAAAAAAAGUUUAUUGUGAAUCUUUUUUCUUUGUUUCUGGGAACUCCAUGUCACAGUCUUUGCUCUUAUCCUUUGUAAUCAAAAGGAUACAAAGGAUAAGAGAAACAAGAUGGAAUAUAUAUCACUGAUCCCUGUGGGCAAAUACAUUCUUUAUGAGGGCAAAAGGUCAACAACAAAAAUACACUUCAAUGCCACACCAUCCUGACUCUGAGCUGCACAGCUCAAACUCUCACGCUGUGAUAAAACGUCAAAAACCGAAUCCUAAUACACCAGAAGACUCAACAUCCAGAUUGCUAAUAAUAGGACAAUAUGAGGUGAAAUACAUCCCAACAAUGUCUGGCUGGAACAAAGCUGACAAUGAACUGAUGUCAUGAAAUAUUCAUGAGAUAUCCAUAAAGUAAUGUUUCUGUGAAAAUUUGUCUGAGUUUUUCCUUGGUAUGGAUAUUUUAUUUGUUUUAGGUAAAUGUGAGUAACCUGGUGUUAAAUGUUGAAUUGUAUCCAUUCUCUGAGGCUUCAUAAGCAUUCUGUCCUUUCAUUAAUGGCUGUAUGCACAGAUAAACACAUACACUUUUAGUAUUUUCCUUGAUGAGUGUACAUAUGGACACGGUGGCGUGCCAUGAGGUUUUAGUCAGGGCCUUCAAUAGAUGUCAACUAUACCUGAACAAUACACACGUGCAGGGCAAUGCAAAAAUUAUGUGACACACCAAGCAAAAGGUAUUGAAUAAUAUGCAAAUAAAUAAAAAUAUGCCAAAAAAGCAACAAUGGAGCCCAACAAUGCAUAUAUCAUUGCACUGAUAUGUAGUGAUAUCAGUGCACACAUAACUGUGUAUAUGUGCACUGUUAUCAGUGCAGGAAAGAAUGCACAUAAUUGAACAGCCAGCAAUUUAGCAAAACUUUUCUAUGUUCCCCAGUUCAGCUCAACAUCAAUUCAUACUGGUCAAAUAGCAUAUGUGAAGAAUUUAAAGAAAAAAUAUUAAGUAAAGUUUGUAUGAGAAUGUAAUAGAAAAGUAUCACUCACGCAUUACUUGUAAUUAAAUUAAACACAGGUUGUUGUGCUUAGUGCUAGCUGUGUUAGCCACUCGUAGCGCUUAUAGUUAAAGACUUUAAAGCGCUUUACAAAGUUCUUACUGGUCUGUGUUAGUGAAUCCAGGUUUGGUGUGGAUUUUCCAUUUUUAGUGCUUUUUUAAAAAAUUAUCUGUGAAAGAGUGUUUUUAAAAAUGCGAUUUUGAUAAGUCAACCGGAGUUGAAGUGGCUACCAUUUUGUAAAUACCAAAAUGUUCACUACAGUGGCAAGGCCAGUGGGACGUACUGUCAUUGUAUGUUAAUUUUGAUUGGCUGAUAAUUCUGUCAGUCAUGCCAACCAUAGACAUAAUAUAAAGAGUAGACCCGGCAUUGGCUGCUCUGGCGUAGGAAAUACGGUGGCCAAGAUGGCCGCCCUAAAUCUUGUCAGCGACAAUAGGUAAGAGAGGUACAUGAGGCUUCUAUUCUUUAUAUAUGUCUAUGAUGCCAACCAUGGCCUGUUGCACGGCAUUUUUGACUGGAGGGUAAAUUAAUUUAUACAGCAGGUCCUGAGGUGGAGCUGCUCGCCAGAGGCGUCUAAGGCACUUUUUAAAGUAGGAAAGUGAAGUAAAACCUCAAUAAUACCAAUAAGAAACUUGUUUGUACAGUAAAAAUGUAAUUAUGGUUCAAAUUAAAUAUGAUUAAAACAUUUUACACUUUUCAAUUUUCUAGGGCCAGCAGAGAAGGCCCUGCUGGCCCUGACAACACACCACUGCAUGGACAUGCUCAAAGUAUUCACACCCUCUGAUAUCGCUAAAAGAUUCCAGUACAACCAAAUGCCUUCUCUAGUGCUAGUAAAACAUGUUCACCUGUCAUCACUACCUAAUGCUUUCCCAACAGUGGCUUAACCUUCUGGUUGUUGCCUUCCUAUGCAACUCAGCUAGAUUGUAAUCUCUCUUCAGUGCUUUGAGUGGGAUUUCUCCCAUUGAACUUGAUUUUUCAACCGGACCAAUCAGCAAACUGAAGGUGUUGUGAAUGAUGAUGCUGAUUUUUGCACUGUUUUAGAGUUGUAUUCUGCCUGUAGUUUUAGCAACAGAGGAAGGUCAUUCUGUCUGUGUAUGUCUAAGACAUUUUAUUGCUGGCAAAUACACAGGGUUGGUUACAACACAAGCAAUUUCCAGUAACCUUCACCCAGCUGGCAGAUUACGUACGUCAUAGUCAAAUGUUAGCAAUACUGUUACAAUAUCAGAUCCAUUCUUUUAAAACUUUGGUAGAGGUCACAUAUUUAGCAGGCAAUCAUUUUUCAAGCAAAACGUAGAACAAGGGAACACUUUUUACCACGAUAUGUCAGUGUUGGAAAUGACAGAGUCUCAGUCUACUAGAAGAAAAACUACAACAUUUUAUGUUAAAGAAAUAUAUUGAGAGGAGAUUAGUUUUUUUAUCUAUAUAGAUAAUUUCAUAACUCAAGACAGCAGUGAAGUUCUUGUAACAACUCACUUUAGUCUUUAGUUGUAUCUUUGUCUUGUUUUCUGAGCAGACAGUGUGUAAACCAAUGUUUUUUCUGUUCUCUAAAAGGCUUUUGUGUGGAACAUGGCUGUUUAAUAGAACUAAAAGUAGUAUGAAACAAGGAUGAAGAAAGGUAUGUUGAGUUGUGCACUUCACCAAUCUGACCUGGAAGAGUGACAAGAGGAAAACCACUGUUGAAAGAAAACCAGUUGAAGUCUUGUUUGCAUUUUGCCACAAACCAUAACUGAAACACAGGAAAACAUGUCAGAGAAGACAAUUGAAACUUUUUGGCCCAAACCCGAAAUCCAAUUGAGAAUCUAUACUAAGACUUCAUUCUCUAUCUACAUUUGUGUUCAUGUUUGAAAUGUUGUGAAGCUUCACACACACAUUUACUACAUUGGUUAAAGUUUAAAAUGUUUAAUUAAUGCUAGGAAUUAGGUUAGGACAAAGUUUUGAGGGAGCAUUGAGAACAUAGGUUUUUAUGACCAGUAUAGAGUCCAACAUACACCUUAUUUCCACCUGUGUUUGCUUUUAAAAUAUUUAAAAGUACCAACACAUUUAGGAUUCAAUCCAUACUGACUGGGAAUACUGACUUGCAAUCAAACUAUGGCUGAACUAACUAAACUAAACAAAAGUAUCUGCGAAUAAAGCUGCCAGGCUGAAAGUGUUCAUAUUCUGUAUGUUUCUGACAGCUUUAUGGACAAAGUCUUCCUGGAGUACUUGCUGAAGUGUUGGAGCAGGAAGUAUGUGGGAGGUGAGAGACUGCAGAGUGAGAACAGACAGCGUUAAAAAGUAAAGGAUGGAUAAUCCUAACAAAAGUUAGAAAUGCAUGAUUAGAGAUGGUUUGAGUUUGUGAGACAAAAGAAUUAAAAUUCUACCCAGACAGUAUUUUGUGAUUUUAAAAAAAUGUUAAAAGGUCAGCUACCAAAUGAUUUUCAAUUACCAGAAUUUUAUUAAGACUUCAACUAGGGAAAAUUGUGCCUUUAUAUUUAUGAAAAGUAAUUUUUGCCCUCAGUCAAACUAAAUAAAACUCUUAAAGCCACAAAUGUUACAUGACCUUUAGAUAAUUUAGCAAUAGAAAAAAUAUGGAUUUUAAAAAAUCCACCAUGUUAUUUAUAUUCUUAGGUUUUUAAAAAGAAAAACAAAACUGAUGCAAAAAGAGAAUGGAGACAUUUUUUCCUAUGGCAUGUAAAGGGGAUGUGGAAAAGCACACAGUUCAAAACCUAAUGACAGGAGGACUGAAACAGACGUGACAGGGUCAGAACAAAGUGGACUCCUGUUGUGUGAAAUCAGCUUCUAAACAGGUGGAUGAAGCAGAAGUUUCACCUGGCACUGAAACACUUUCAAGGCAUUUUCCCUCAUUUUCAUUUCAUAUCUUGUUCAAAACUUGCUGCAGCCUAUUAUCACGGGUGGAAAAGCAGAAAGUCUGGAUAGAGCUGCUAUUUAUGUACAAGCUGUUGGAUUUCCUCAAAUUGCUAAUCAUAUGUCAAAUUAUGCCGACUCUGUCCGCUUAAUGUAACUGCAGAAUGUUAAAGUGGUGGCAGGUAGAUUAACUUAAACAUGUGGAAAGCAGCCCACCAGGCUUUAAUUUACAUGUCUUUAUAUUAAAUUGGUUCCCAUACAUCAGCGUCUGGCCAUGCUACCUGGAGAAAACCUCAGACUGGAUUAAAAAAGCAUGCAAUGUUACACCCAACGCUAUGACCUUGAUUCUCACCUGAACCAACAAACUAUUGUAUUUCCACCAGCUCAGCAGAGCAGCCACCACUGAUCGUUAUGCAGAUUUCACAGGAGGUACAAAAUGAUAAUUUAUCUCUAUAAAAACACAACGCAUUGAACAAUAUCCCAUCCAGACAUUUUUUAUUGAGAAUGGCUCUUGGCUAAAAUUAUACCAAAUACCUUUUUUUAAACCUCUGAUUUCACAUUUAGAAUCAAAUGUAAAGAGAUAAAUUAAAUAUGAAGAUGGAGCUCCAUCAAGGUGUUUUUCACCAGCUUCCCUAAGAGAGGUGCGCGAAAUGCUAUGCAAGGUCACCAUGUUAUUAAUUACAGCUAAAAUGUCAUGUUAUUAAAUUUACCUAGAUAAAGAACUUGCCUUCAAUGCUAAUUUCAGUUAUGACCUAUGAAGAUCAUGUGCUUUUGGGCUCAGGAAUUAAUUUGGACCUGGACAAACAUUUUAAUUUAAUUAUUGGCCAAACCCAGUAAUUAGAGAUUCGGCCCACGAAGACCAACAUGAUAAUCGAACAAGCUGUUUCCUGAACAAUUAUCUCUCUGUGCAGAGCAUUAUCUGUGGGCGUAUGCAAUGCACGUACAGUCAUGGUCAGAGAGACACCAACAUGCUGCUUCUGUCAUGGCUGCUUAAACCUCAAGUCAACUGUUUGAAUGAAUGAUUCUCAGGAGACUGAACAGGAGACUUUAAGAAAUUAUUUGAACAGUUCUUGUACCAGUUGGAAGUAGGAUAUACAUUUAAAGUGGGAAUAUUAUGUAAAAUUAACUUUUACAUCAUCUUCUAUUGUUAUUCCCUCUGGAGUGUUGCUUUGACUCUGUCAUGCAUGUUUGAGAAAUACUACUAAUCUCCAUGACAACUAUUCAGAGUGCAGACAAUGAGCGGCAUAACUGAGCGUUAAGUCCUUGUGGCCAAAUAGCUCCGCCUUAGUCUCCUCUGAUAUGGGGGAAAUUUUCUGCUGUAAUCCAAGAGCACACAUGUUCAAUCUGAAAGCAAGAUUGCAUGUAUUUUGUUCUCAAAACUUUUAAUACUUUUGCGUAAAUUUUAAUUUUGAAAGCAGGACUUUAUGUCUUUCUUCUCAAAACUUGUAACUCUUGUACUCAAAACUUCUCCUGGCACUCUCACUGGAUUUGAGAUUGAAGACUUAAACUGCAGGGUUUUUGAGUAUUUGCACUAAUUUGAAUAUACAAAGUACUGAAGAUAAACAGCUUGUAUUUACAAACAUGAAGAACAUUUGACUCCUGAUCCAGAUUGCAAUCAGUAUGACUCUGUUUGGUACAAUAAGUCUUGGUAAUUCAUCUGUGUUUGUUUAGAUCCAGACUUUACUGAGAUGCUGGCAUAUAGUUUAGGAUCCAUGGGUGGAAAAUCACUGACUUUUAGAGUGUUUUCAGGAGAAUGGUGGCCCCAAUAAAGAUCAAAAAGGAUCAAGCCCAAAACAUCAAGGUUCUCCAUUGCCUCAUCAGGCCAGGAAUCGAACCUGCGACUACCGCCACGAGGACUAAAGCCUCCAUACAUGGGUCAUGUAUGAAGGCCAUCAUACCAUGUAUGUGCCAUCAUAGCACCCCUCCUGCAACACGUUUUUGAUAGUUGUUUUUAGGAAAUGUGAGCAUCUCCGUUUAGAAAACAUUUUAGGUACAGCACUAACAAUAAAAAAUAAAAGCACGUUGGAAUAUUAAUACACAUUCAAAAUUCUGUGUGAUAAUUGUGUUUGAGUACAACUCCAAGGUAUUUGUCUGAAAAAUUAUGGGCAUUAAAGAGGUAGGUCAAAGUUGCUGCAGAACAUGUAAAGAGAGGAAAGAGUCCGGAACCAGAUGGAGCGCUGACGACUCACCUUUCAGGAUGACUGAAGAAAGAAACACCAGAGCGAUGUCAGGUCAGAUUUCUGACGUUGGGGCCCCAGGAGAACGUUGGCCUAAACACAACAAGCAUGAAGAGAUGUGAAGACAAGAGUUCACAGUUUCUACUUUAUUACUUUUGCUAAUUAUAGCUGAUACCGGGCUGUUUGCAUACAAUAUUGAGUACAUUAAUGGAGAUCUAUCAUGUUAGUGAUAGUAUUCAUGCUAAUGCUUACGUAAAGUAGCAUUUUAGCUAAUUUUGAUAUAAAUUUAACAAACUAAAUGGACUAAGCUGAUGUUAAUUAGUAUAGUGACAUUAUGCUAAAGUAUGGUGGAGUUUGUGGUUGCAUGUGACAAAAUAUUAAAAAAUGUAAUGGAUAUUAAUGCUUUUGUAAGGCAGUGAAUGUUAAAACAUUGGUUGCUUAGUUUACCAGAGUGAGCAAAAAGGAAGAAAAAAAAAACGUAGUCUUGAUUUCAUUCCUCUGAGUUUCACAGACAAUUGGAUUUUUGAAGCAACUCAUGCCAAUUAAAUGUACAACAAAGCUUAAUUCCUAAAAGAUACUCAGCCUGCACAGUCACAGACAAAACUCUGCAGCCUUAUAAUACCUUCAGGUGAGCAGCUUAAUAAGCCGGCCCAAAUAAUAUGCCUGUCAGCUUGGCUUCCUAAUCAAUUCCCCCAUCACGCCUCCUUAAUCUCAUAAUGCUGGCCGUGAUGAGCGCCGAUUAACUGCAAAAACUUCCCUAAUAGGUCAGCUGACAGAUGUCUGCAGGAGUUGCAUGGUGCAUGCAGAUGAUAGGGAAUAGGGGAGUGUAAAUCUGUUACCCCUUCCUUUCCCUGCAAACCUUGAGGCUCAUAAAUGGGGAAGGCAUGAAGCUCGGACCCUCCAGGGAUCCCAUUAAAUCCACACACAUGGUGCAUUUGGCCAUUUUCUCCCACAAUCAGCAAAUUCCAAGUGAUCCCCUCUGGUCACCAGCAGCCAAUGAGCUGCCACUCAUCAGAAACAAAGCUCAAACGCUCGGCUCCAUCCACUCAACUAAAACUGUAUCUCUUUGAGAUCGCUCUUACUUUAACAUGAAGUUUGCCGUUAUCUCUCCGCCUGCAGGACUAUUGAGAUUGUUCAGAUUUGCUGACAGCCAUUAGUUUCUCCGGCAACUGUCCUUCAUGGUCUCAGGCUAUCCCUGAACUUUAGUUGAGUUAGCCUUUCCUGAGUCUGUUGGGAAGAAAUCAUUUGUGUUUUUCUAACUUUGUUUUGGAGGGGCUGAUGUAGAAAUAUUUACCUUGGGGGCAAGGGAGUGGCAAGAGGUCUUAGCAGGGGGGCAAUGCUGGAACUCCUCAGUGAACAAUGUGAAAAUCUCACCCCCUGGAUGUAAAUAGAGGCAACAAAAAGUCCACAAAACACUAAACUUUUUAUUGUAUCACCAUCUGCAUUUCAACAAAUGUGCGCAGAUCUUUGUCUGUAUUCUACUAAUGCUGAAAAAACAGAGUUUCUGAAUUAUGGUGUUUCCAUUAAAUAAGAUAUGAAAUGAAAAUCACAUGUGAAUAAGCUUGUUCUCGCGAUAAGACUUUAACAAUGAUGUAAACACUUAAUGAGAUAUAUUCAGAAAUCAGCCAUGGUGGCGCUAGUGCUCAUCAUCUAUCAGUCAAUCAGAGAAGAUGUCAGCCUCUUAUUCAGGCAUUAGAGCGAUAAGCACCACCCACUUGGUAGUGUGGGCACCACUCUGUAAAUUCUUUUACAGAAUUCUUCUGUCAAAGAAGAAUUCAUAAUUCUUCUGUCAAAGAAGAAUUGACACGUUGGAAUAACACAACUCUUUAUGAACUGUUAUCCUGCGAGAGAUCUGGUGGAGCCAGCUGCACAUUGUCUG